UGAGCUUGUGCAGCUCUUUGCUGGAUUAUGUUAUAUGUAUAUAUGAUAUAUAUAUUUUUUGAAAAUGUAAAUUAAUUGAUCAUCUUAUAUUCACUAUAAAUACAUUUGACGUAUGUGGUGAUUAUAUAUCGAUGACCAAUAGGUCUGUUUUUUGAAAAUAUAAAACGAAAGUAGCCACUUGGAAGUGAAUUGUCAUUUCGACAGUCGGACCUAAUGAUCUAGAAGUUUUAGACAUGGAAUAUGACGAGAAGAAAGUAAAACCAGCUUCCACGAGAGCGUUGUUAAGGCAACAUGUGGAAGAACAAAGUGACCUUUGUGACCUUGUGGUCAAACAUGGACUCUGGUACAAGCGGUACCACGCCUGUGUCCUGUGUGCUAGUCCUUUCGUCCAGGCUAUGAUUAGACACAACUUUAAUGAAAAGACCAACGGGGUUUUGGAGCUGAAUCUUGGGUCGCCUGAAUCCAUCGAUAUGGCGAUUAUGUUCUUGUAUGGAAAGUCUCCCAAGUUGACUAUGGAAAAUGUAUCCGGGGUGAUCCAUCUUGCCGAGUUUCUGUUGAUUCCAAACCUGAAAGCGCUAUGUGUAAAAUGGAUAAAAGAGACCAAUGUAAGUGAAGAAAACGUAGAGAAAUUGCUCCACCUCACAAGCCUUUUUGAUUUUGAAAUGGCCACUUUGACCGAAUACAUAAGGCAGCAUUUGAUAGAAUUGUUAGAAGGCAAUCAGUUACUGACAAUCACGGCUGAUACACUUGUAACUAUAGUUUCCGAUGAAACCCUGUCUUUUCUCACGGCGGAUAUAACAUUAGGAUUCCUGAUGAAGUGGGUAGAGUACUUCCCCGAACAUAGAAAAACAAAGCUAGGUGACAUACUUUCCUACAUAGAACUGACAAACGUAAAUUCCUCAAUGAAAGAAAGGGCGAAAGAGGACCAAAACUUUGAAGCGUUCCGAAGUCUAUUUGAAACCGUAUCUGGCAAUGAGAAUACAGAAACAAUGCAAAAUGUAUUAGUCACUCAAAAAGCACAUGUUUGUGGCGAGUUCUGGCUGUUUGAUCUUGGGAGGGAAAGAUGGUUCAGAAUAGAAACGAGUGCUGACAGAAUGUUCGACAAAGUGUUUCCGUCAACAAUCAAUGAAUCAACUCUUUGUCUUGUGGAAUCCUCAUAUAACAAAUGUACAAUACGUCUUCAUGAUUUUACAGCCGACCAGUUCUCCUGCACUUCCCUCCUUCUCACUAAUUGUCAUGAUGAAAUUUCACAAAAAAUCGAUGAUAUCUUUAUAUCUGGAAAACAUUGUUAUGUAGUCUCUGUUCAUUCAGUGAAAUUUACGAGAAAGGAAGAGGAACAAGUCCGCAUGAAAAUCGCGAAUGAGCAACGAUUGCGUCUGAUGUCAAUGUUUGGUGGUCCUAUUACGAUGAUGGAUUGUCUCGGUAUGGUAGCAGGAGUACACACAUACUCAGUUCGAAAAUCUACCCUCUUUUCGGGAGCACUCAGCGAAGAUGGUGAGCAAACAAUGUUGACACCACUGUUUUCAUUGAACAUUAGUUUUGGAGUGAAAGUUGUGGUAAAUGAUGCAAAAUUAUUAGCACUUUUUUCCGAAAAUGACAAUUACUUUUGCAUUUAUGACGAAAUUUCCUGUACGAUGAAAAAGAUGGAACUGAAAAUAAGUUAUAAUGACGAGGUAAGUCCUUACAAGGACGGAUUCGCUAUAUACAAUAGAAAGAAGAUUAUGUAUAUAAGUUCAAGUAAAGGUCCUCUCAUUGAAAGGAAAUUGAGAGUUUAUGAGACAGUUAUCUGCGACGACGGUUCCCGUUCGUUUGAUAAAUUUGCAAUAACUGGAAACAGGUGGCUUCGUUUUAGAAGAGUUUAUGGAAAACAGAGCGAGGUGCAUUUGGAUUACACUUUUGAUGAGUUAGGAAGGAAAAAUCCAAACGAUGCCGAAUGGAAACAAAUCCCCCUUCCGGGUAAUUCUAUAGAUGAUUCCAUAGUUAGCGGAGUGCAAGGAAUAGCGAUUCCCCGCUCAAAACUGAAAUGCCACGUGGAGUGUCCGCACUGUGUCCGCAUCAAAGAGGGAAGACGCAACACAAGACGCAAUGCUGAGAAAAGCAGAAGCCGAGAUUGGAGCACUGAUGAUGACGAUUCUGAUGAUGACGUUGUCGUUGGAGGCUAUCCCAGAAACUAUUUUUAUGACAAUGAUGAUUAUUAUUAUUACAGUUCAGAUUAAGCUUGCAGAGUGCUACAUGUACACAAUGUAUGUAAUUUUCAGAAAUAUAGGAACACAUGCAACUAUCGGGUUUUGAUGAUACUCGCAAUUAUAUGGAUGUAACUGAGAGAUUAGUUAUAGCAACAACUUCGAAGCGAUUCUAAGAUAUCCGUGUGCAAUUUUGCUGCGCUUGAUUUGUAUGCCAAUGGACCAUGAUGAAAGUGAAUGUUUAAAUCAUUUGAAAAUGUUCAACAUAUAGUUAAAUGACAAUUGCAACCAAUAUGGCGUGUUCAGCACCAUUUAUAAAAUAUAGCAACUAAUAAUGAGAAUACGUAUUAUAAUCUACAGUUGCGAUGUGUCAGAAUUAAGACUCAAAGUUGAAAUAUAAAUGAUUAAGUAGAUCUGUGUUAAAUGUUUAGAAGUUGGGUUGGCAAUCAGACCAAAUAUUUAAUGGAUUCUCAUGCAUUACGUUUAUGAAAAAAGUAGAUAGGCGUCAUUCUGAAGAUUUUUUUAUUCAUUUAAGCAGGUUUAAUUACUCUUUUUUAAGACUAUUUGCAAAAUUUACAGUUUAAUAUUGUAUAAGUACACUCAGAACAUCACGUGAUAUGCUGUUUUAGGAAUAAACACGCUAUUAACAACAGUGAUAUGUGGCUAGGUUUUUGUGUACACACAAACUAACAUUGAAAGAAGGAAAAGUAACAUAACACAUUUUAACGUAUUUCAUGACUAACAUCAAUAUUUUGAAACAGCUUUAAAAUAAAGAAAACUGAAUUUAAUUAUUUUGACUACCCUAAAAAUACACAUAUUUAUAAUUUUACCGUUUAUUACAUAUAAAUAAAAUAUUCUUAUCCACAUAUUAUUAUAAUUAUUAUUAUUAUUAUUAUUUCGCAAUU